UUCGCGAGCUGCCGUCGGCUCCGCGCGGGGGGGGGGCCGGCAGGGCACCCUGGGGCGCGGAGGAGCGCUCUUUGCUCUCUUUUCCCCCCACUCCGCACUCCUGGGCACUCUCAAGCCAGACCACGCUGCUUCCCUCUCCCUCUUUUAUCGUCCCCCAGCAAACUUUCGGUCUCUCCCCUACCUCACCCGUUAUUCGUCGUGGCUCGAGCCCAGCUGCGCCACCCCGAGGGCUCCUCCGGACCUCCCUGCUUGCAAUUCCGACCAUUACAGGAACCAGAAACAUGUCGACCACACUUCUGUCCGCCUUCUACGAUAUCGACUUCUUGUGCAAGACAGAGAAAUCCCUGGCCAAUCUCAAUCUGAACAAUAUGCUGGACAAGAAGGCGGUGGGGACGCCUGUGGCCGCCGCUCCCAGCUCGGGCUUCACCCCGGCCUUCCUCCGACGGCAUUCGGCCAGCAACCUGCACGCGCUCGCCCACCCCACGCCCAGUCCCGGCAGCUGCUCGCCCAAGUUCCCGGGCGCGACUAACGGCAGCAGCUGCGGCGGCGGGGCGGCGGGUGGCGCGGUCUCCUACGGCACCCUCAAGGAGCCGUCAGGGGGCGGCGGCACGGCCCUGCUGAACAAGGAGAACAAGUUCCGGGACCGCUCGUUCAGCGAGAACGGCGAGCGCAGCCAACACCUCCUGCACCUGCAGCAGCAGAAGGGGGGCGGCGGCUCCCAAAUCAACUCGACGCGCUACAAGACUGAGCUGUGCCGGCCCUUCGAGGAGAGCGGCACGUGCAAGUAUGGCGAGAAGUGCCAAUUCGCACACGGCUUCCACGAGCUGCGCAGCCUGACGCGGCACCCGAAAUACAAGACGGAGCUGUGCCGCACCUUCCACACCAUCGGCUUCUGCCCCUACGGGCCGCGCUGCCACUUCAUCCACAACGCCGACGAGCGGCGGCCCGCGCCGUCUGGGGGCGCCUCCGGAGACCUGCGCACCUUAAGUGCGCGCGAUGCGCUGCACCUGGGCUUCCCACGGGAGCCAAGGCCCAAGCUACACCACAGCCUCAGCUUCUCCGGCUUCCCGUCGGGCCACCACCAGCCCCCGGGGGGACUCGAGUCGCCACUGCUGCUCGACAGCCCCACGUCGCGUACACCGCCACCACCCUCCUGCUCUUCGGCCUCCUCCUGCUCCUCGUCCGCUUCCUCCUGCUCGUCGGCUUCCGCUGCCUCCACACCCUCCGGUACCGCGACGUGCUGUGCCUCCGCGGCGGCCGCAGCCGCAGCCGCGCUACUGUACGGCACCGGUGGCUCCGAAGACCUGCUGGCGUCUGGUGCUCCGUGCGCCGCCUGUUCGUCGGCCUCGUGCGCUAAUAACGCCUUCGCCUUUGGCCCGGAGCUGAGCAACCUCAUCACGCCGCUUGCCAUCCAGACCCACAACUUCGCUGCCGUGGCCGCCGCCGCCUACUAUCGCAGCCAGCAACAGCAGGGCCUGGUGCCCCCUGCGCAGCCCCCGGCGCCGCCCAGCGCGCCCCUCCCUGCCAGUGCCGCCGGGCCGCCCUCGCCGCCGUUCAACUUCCAGCUGCCACGCCGCCUAUCCGAGUCGCCCGUGUUCGACGCACCCCCGAGCCCUCCGGACUCGCUGUCGGACCGCGACAGCUACUUGAGUGGCUCUUUGAGCUCGGGCAGCCUCAGUGGCUCCGAGUCUCCCAGCCUCGACCCUGGCCGCCGCCUGCCCAUCUUCAGCCGCCUCUCCAUCUCCGACGACUGAGGCAAGAGGGCGCCAGUGAGGAAAGGAGGAAGGGAAGGCCUUUCUGGGGGUGUUGGAGGGCGCCUCUGCCAUCUUGCCCUUGCUAGAGGUUAGGGGGGCGCGGGAGUGGGGGUGACAGGCCCCAAGCAGACUGCUGGCGGCGCCGAGCACUUGGACUCGAACUUGUGUGCAGGAGGGGCCCCCACCUCUCCCCUUUCGGUUUCUUCUUUUGUUUUUUUAUUUUAUUACAAAGUUUCUUGUUGAGCAAAAAAGAAAGCCAAUGAACUUUUUUGUAUUGAUGAACAAAAUAUUCAUUCACAACAGGGCAGUUGUGAUGCGAACAGAACAAAAAAACAAACACAAACUUUUUUAGGUCUCCGAUGAGUUUGGGACUUUAGGAGAAAUCAACCAGCACCAGCAGCUACCGACCACCAUUCCAUAUCUUCACUUGAAAAGCAUUAGUUCCAGUCCAGAUGUGGGAACGCGAUCUCCAGAGAAGUUCCUAAUUGUCGUUUGUCACAGACCAGCCGGACACCACCUUGCUAAACCUAAUAAGCUUUUAGAAUCCAGUAUUCUACCAAGAAUAUGCCUUGAUAGUAGCCCUCAGCUCCAUAGGCUGUUGGGUUUUAUGUUUUUGUUUUGUUUUUUUAAGUUACAAGUGUCUGGAAAAACACCCUUGCAUUCCAAAGUUUCAUACUGGUUACUGGUUUCAUUGCCACCACUUUGUGGAUGUUUAAUUUAGAACCAUUUUGUCUGCUCUUUCUGGAAGCCUUGGGCAGACCUUAGUUUGUAAUUGUUGGGGAAUAACUGCUGAAUUUUUAGCUGUUUUGAGUUGAUUCGCACCACUGCACCACAACUCAAUAUGAAAAAACUAUUUAACUUAUUUAUUAUCUUGUGAAAAGUAUACAUUGAAAAUUUUGUUCAUACUGUAUUUAUCAAGUAUGAUGAAAAGCAAUAGAUAUAUAUUCUUUUAUUAUGUUAAAUUAUGAUUGCCAUUAUUAAUCGGCAAAAUGUGGAGUGUAUGUUCUUUUCACAGUAAUAUAUGCCUUUUGUAACUUCACUUGGUUAUUUUAUUGUAAAUGAGUAAAAAAUCUUAAUUUAAGAGAUUGUAUGUAAUAUUUAUUUCAUUAAUUUCUUUCCUUGUUUACGUAAAUUUUGAAAGAUUGCAUGAUUUCUUUACAGAAAUCUAUCUUGAUGCUGUGGAAGUAGUUUGAGGAAUAUCUUUUGAGUUUUCUUAGAAUGUAUAAUGGUUGUAGCCCAUCCAACUUUUAAAGAAAAAAAGUGACCACAUACUUGGAAUCAGGCAUAAAUGUGGCAUGCUUUUCUCAUUCCAGCUUCAUAAAUUAGCAAAAAAUGUUUUUGUUUGCUUAUUCCACCAGUUCUACUGUGACAUACUCUUCAAAAGACAUGUAGCAAUAAGGGGGGGUGGGGGGGGUAGUCUUCACAGUGCCUUUGGAAGGGCCAGAACUUGCCUUAAAGCUUCCUCAACCAAAUAAGUAUUUUAUCUAUUAGUGCUUGAGAGAAUUUGAAUGUAGGAUGGGUUCAACUGCACAAAAGGAAAAGAUAUUUACCACUUUUUUUUAUAGAUAUAAAGUGAAGAGGCCACACCUCUUAGGGCUAAAUGGUAUGUAGUACAUGAAUAUGCCGCCUUUAAUUACAGAAAAUUCCAAAACUUGUACUUUUUUUUUUUUUCCGUGUAGAAAGGCAGGAAUGGUUUCCUGGACAGUGGAUGAAUGAGCAGUAGCUUUAGUUUGUACGUAGGUACAGUUGGAGCACUAUGUAUGUAUGUAUGUACUCUGGACUACUUUGACAGAAAAGUAGGUUUUUGAAUGUAACAAUAUAAGUCAACUUGAGUUGUAAUAUAUUUUGGGGAAUCAGUUCACUACAAAUUGUGACUGUAAACAUUGUACUGUAAAUGUUUUGUAGUUUUCCCCCCAAUAAAACUUUUGGGAAAAAAGGUA